AAGCCGUGGCCACGUGCACAUCUACCGCAAAGUCUCAAAGUCACACUAUGUGCUGAGGACUGAGAUCAACGUUAGGCAGUAAGGUCACACAAAGCCGUAGUAGCCUUAGCCUUAGGCUUGGAUCGUGUCAUGUCGUGAGUGAAGGUGCAUGCGCCUCAUAAAUUCACACGCUUGCCUGAUGCUCGAGUUUCUUCAGUUUGCUGUUUGCGAGAAGUCGAGGCAAUCGGAAGCCAGGUACGCAACUAGCCGCCUUCAAGUCCUUGUCCAGUCGCGAAUGCCACGCGCGGUACUGCUUAGCUAGAGUAUGGUAGAGUGGAGUACGACCACUCGCACCCGGAGCAAGUCCUGGUUGCUGCUGGACCAACAACAGCAACAACAACAACUGGAGGUGACGUGAUGGCAGCCUCAAUAGCGGGAAAAAUCCAACGGUACCAGGACCGAAAACGAAUAUUUCCUGCCGAGCAGGCGGCCACCGGUUCAAGUAAACAUAUCGUUGGACCUCCUGACGAAGAGCGACCGAGCCUAUUGAUCAGGACACCCAGUUUGCAAGUUCGUCAGAGAGGGAGAAGUGAUACAACACCUAUUCGGCGUACACCACAGUCUAAUGGACAGAUUCGGAUCAAUGUUCCACAGCCAAGGCACACAUUUUUUCCUAAACGGGGAGAUGAUGAUUUGUUGACUCCAGCCACUAAAGUAUCUGAAUUCAACACGCCAUCCACCAGUGACGGGAAAGAUCCCAACACAAGGUUGCAUGGCCGAAGUAACCGUACCGUUAGACCCUCUGAUAGAGACCGGCCGGGUGGACUGGUCAGAACACCUAGUUUGCCAGUCCGUCAGACAGAGAGAAGUGGCACAACACCUACGCGAGGUACACCACAGGCUGCCGGAGUGAUUCGGAUCAAUGUUCCACAGCCAAGGCACACUCAUCUACCCAAAUGGAGGGAUGAUGAUUUGUUGACUCCAGCCACUAAAGUAUCUGAAUUCAACACUCCAUCCACCAGUGAUGGGAAAAAUACAAACACAAGGUUGCAUGACCGAAGUAACCGUACCGUUAGACCCUCUGAUAGAGACCGACCAGGUGGACUGGUCAGAACACCCAGUUUGCCAGUCCGUCAGACAGAGAGAAGUGGCACAACACCUACUCGAAGUACAUCACAGACCAGCGGAGAGACUCGGGGCAAUGUUCCACAGCGAAGGCACACUUUUCUACCCAAAAGGAGGGAUGAUGAUUUGUUGACUCCAGCCGUUAAAGUAUCUGAAUCCAACAGCAGGAGCAUCAGUACCAGACCGGUAACAACAGGAAUGCAUUUCGAUGACGACGAUAGUGACUGUGAAGGAAUUCAGGUGAUAGAGGUUGACUACAACCUGUACAAUGGGACGUACGGGGAGACGAUCAACAGCCAGACGUUGAAACAAAAGAGAUCAGCGGCACAAAAACCAGCAUGGGAUAUCCCGGAGCUGGCCGAUGAUGAAACGGAUGAGGAUGAGGAUGAGAGCGACGAGGAACAGGAAGGAGAGGAUGUGACCAAGAGACUAGGCAGGGGGUGGGAUCCCACCCUAAAACCAGGGAUAUCAGUUCUCAGACAGAUAAGCAAGUACGCGUGUGCAACCCAGUCAGACAGAAGCAAGAAGGAUAACAAGUAUGAUACUGGUAAGACUGGCGACAACGAUGAUGAUGAUGAAGAAGACGGCUCCCAUAUGUCCGACCAAGAAGACAAUGACGCAGAGCUGGUUGAAUUGGACAGCAGAAGAACUUGCAAGAAUAAAACGAACCAUGUCUCUUCGGAGGAAGGCGCAUGGUAUGCCACUGCUGAGAGCUCAAGUCGUGACAGCGCAGAGCGUGGCGGAUCAGAGCCCCCGGCAGGUUGGGGCCAUCAUGUGCACUGGGCUAGAUACGACUAUGUACACGUGUGCGAUAAAGAUGCUAUCAUUCUCGACAUGCACAUCAGCACGGUGAAGAGAGACUUCGGACAACCGGAAACCACGGUGCCGCCACGGGAACGCCGAGUGAGACGCAACAUAUUCACCUCAGUCGUCGACAGGUUAAGGUUUCUCAGGCGAAGGGAGAACGCAGCGGCCCAACAAAACGCAGCUGAGGAGCCUCCCCAGCCGCCCGAGCCACCCGCACCGGAAGAACCCGAGGAGACUCCGAAGAAGAAACCACCAGUCAAGAAAAGAAGAAGAAAAAGAAGGAAAAGCUCAACUGAAUACGACACAUUUGUAUAUCAAGAUAUCGCUGGUUAUGAGAAGAAAGAGAUUUUUUAAACAGGCGUACCGAGCGUUGCAGGCAGGUGAAUGCUUGCGCAAGAGUAAUUUUAGCUUUGAGCUUGAUCAUCCGACAUUGCAUGCUGCUUAGAGUGCCCACACUUUGUAGUGCACUUGUGAACUACGGCCAGUGCUGCGUGCAGAUCAGGCUGUACAGAAAGUAUAGUAACUGUUGUUCAGCUCUGACUCUCUUGACUGCGGCACCUUGCAACACAGCAUUCACGUAUAGCCAGUGUCGAAUUGCCGGCUGUUGCCAAGCCGCUGUCAAUAACUUACUUUGAAGCACACAUUUCAAUUUUCAUAACUAGGUUCUGCCAUCUUUCUUUACUGGAUGUGCAUGCCACCCUGUGACAGCGCCACACUGGAAUACGGACUCUCCAGUUACCGUCUCUAGGUCAAGUCAAGAACUAUGAUCCAGUGACGAAGUCAACAUCAUUAGCAGCACGCUGGUCUUUUUGAAAACUUUACUUCACUUUAUCGUCCUUGUUCCGUGACUUCUGAACUUCUUUCUAUUCUCGGUGACUGCUGAACCUUCUGUGCCACUGGAACCUGUGCUGGUGCCAGUCUUGGUUAUGAUUUACUACUAGUAAGCAAGACCAUUCAGCCUAGGUGUCACUAUGAUCGUCCUUUCAACGCGGAAACAUUUGAUCA